UUCUUGCUUGGGUUAUCUCCCAUCCAAGAGAAAUCCGCCUCCCAGGAAAGGUCAUUGGCCAGAGAAGACAUUAAAGAAUCAGAUAAGCAUCAUGAACAUAUGCAAAUCUAGAGCGCGUGAUUUAGGGGUGAGCGACGCGAGGAAUUAACUCUAAUCAAGAGGGAGUGAUUAUCCGGUGAGGGACAAGUUGGGCCAAACGGUACGUCCACUUGGAUUAAGCGUGGACCCUGCGAGACACUUAUCCACUGGAGUUUGACGAUAUUAUAUUGGAGGCAGAGAAUCGAAUGAAACUGUUGCCCCAUGUUGGGUGGAACUCCAAGAGGAACUUUCUACAAAUCUUGGUUAAUACAGAGAAAAGAGAAGAUAUCUUUAGCUAUUUUUAGAAUCUACGAUCAGCAGAGGAUCCCCACUUUCUUUUUUCUUAUUGUUCGGUUCGAAUAGCACAUGGGCGGCACGCCCAAGUGCCGUCUUUAUGGGACUAUAAAUUCGAGGUCCAGAGGUCAUUGAGUCUUGUGCUCAAACGUUGUCUGAAAUCUUCGCUCUCUCUCUCUCUCUCUCUCUGUGUCUCAGCUCCUGAGUGACUGUCUGCUUUCUGGUUUUCAUUUGGCUGGUAGUUGUCAGGGAAUUCGGUGUUCAGGUAGUUUUUUCUCACAAAAGCUUCGGGUCGGCUUUGUUUUUUCGAGUACCCAAUAAGGGAAAGAUCAUAAUGGAGUAUAAGAAGCAAGGCGGUUCGUCUUCCUCAUUCGCGGCUGACAUUUUUGGAGCCAAGGAAUCACCCCCGUCGUCAUCUUCGACCGGGGUGUUCGCGUCUAUUUUCCCACCACCUCAUUCGGUAGUAGGGACGAAGUCAAGCUCUGAGGUCAUAGGAUAUAGGCAGAAGCACCACAAUGAAAAUCAAGGGUGGAACAGCAAGCAGGGUAAUCAAGUGGGUCCUGAACGUGCAAGUUGCAACACAACCAGCAAGGAUGGUUCGAUCUUCCGAGAAGAAAGAGGAGAACCGUGCCAUCUGAGUUCAUCAAUUUAUUAUGGUGGGCGAGAUGUCUAUUCCCAGUCUCCUGGUGCCCAAACCUCUUCCUCCCACCCAACAUUAAAGAAAGAUGGAGGAGAAGAUGACCAGAAUGGAACUAAUUCUGUCAGUGGUGCCUCUAGAGGAAACUGGUGGCAAGGUUCGCUUUAUUACUAGUAUCUUGCCUUCUCAAGCCAUGAGAACUGUAAGACUAUUUUGAAGGAAUUCAGAAGCCUGGGCAGUAAAUAAGUUGCAGCAGCUGUAUAAUUGUUUAUCUGUAACAAGAAGCAGAAGCAUUUUGUUAUGUUCCCUUCUGUAAAUAGUAGAUGACCUAAAGUCUUGCCUCCAUGUAAGCGUUUUCAAGGCAUUUGUUGGCCUAAUUAUGAGAAUGUUUUGAUAACCAACUCACUGCCCGGUUUACCUCCAUAUAUUUGGUGAAGUGAUGUAGUUCUUUACUUUUCUGAGAGAAACGGUUCAUCUAUAAUCCAUAUAGUUAUAUUGCUUUGCUUGUAACGCUCUUUUAUCAGUUGACCAGCA